GCGCCGCUGACCUCGGGCGGGAGGGGCGACCUCCGUCAUGCCACCGGGGCCAGCCGCGGGCUGCGUUGAGCCCGGUGCCACGGCGGAGCCCUUCGCGUUGCCUCUUCCCGGCCUUGCCCGGCUCUCGGGAUUCUCGCGACGAGGGCCCUGCGGCUGGGAGUCGAGACCGUGCCCGCUGAUUGGCUCUCUGAUCUCGGACAGGCUGCGUCCUAUCGUGGGCUUUAGCUACCUUGUUUGGAAGAUGGAGGUCGUGUUCGCGGUGACUGUGAGCUCCUUAAGGGCAAGAACCGACUUGCGUUAGUGUUACACACCGUUGCCUGUCCCGCGCACAGAACGAGGACGAAGUAUAGGUACUCUGUGCCUACUUGAGUUGUUUUGGGUCCCAAAACCUUGAAAAUCUGGGACUGUAUUAGGAACCUUGGAAGCACUGCCAACAUGUCUGACGUUCAAGAAGCCACCAACCAGCUCCUUGAUGUGAACCUUCAUGAGAACCAGGAGUCUAUACAAGUGAUGGAAAGUGGCCCCAGAAGUGAGUCCGAGCAAUUCCAAGUCACUAUUGGAGCCACUGUACCUACUGGCUUUGAGCAAACAGCUGCAGAUGAAGUGACAGAGAAAUUGGGGUCAUCAUGCCAAAUCAGCAGAGACCGGGGCAAGAUAUAUUUUGACAUUUCAGUGGAAAGUCUGGCUCAGGUUCAUUGUCUGAGAUCAGUUGAUAACUUAUUUGUGGUUGUUCAGGAGUUUAAAGAUUACCAGUUCAAAGAAACAAAGGAAGAAGUUUUAAAGGAUUUUGAAGAAUUGGCUGGGAAGCUCCCAUGGUCAGACCCUUUAAAAGUAUGGAAAAUUAACACCAGUUUCAAGAAAAAAAAAACAAAGCGCAAAAAGAUAAAUCAGAAUUCAGGUAAAGAGAAGAUUGAUAAUGGACGAGGAGACAAGACUGAUGAGAGAGAUGUUAAAAAAGCGUUCACUAGCAAUCCCUUAGAUUCACAUAUCUUAGACUAUUAUGAAAAUCCAGCCAUCAAAGAAGAAGUAUCAACAUUAGUAGGUGACGAUUUGGCAUCUUGCAAAGAUGAGACUGAUGAAAGCUCAAAAGAAGAAACUAAUCCUGAAGUGCUGAAGUUUAGAGUCACGUGCAACAGGGCAGGAGAGAAGCAUUGCUUUUCCUCAAAUGAAGCCGCGAGAGAUUUUGGGGGUGCCGUUCAAGAGUACUUUAAGUGGAAGGCUGACAUGACCAACUUUGAUGUGGAGGUUCUUUUGAAUAUCCAUGAUCAUGAAAUUGUUGUGGGCAUUGCAUUGACAGAAGAGAGUCUCCACCGAAGAAAUAUCACACAUUUUGGACCCACCACUCUUAGAUCUACUGUUGCCUAUGGCAUGCUCCGGCUCUGUGCUCCUCAACCUACUGAUAUAAUAGUUGAUCCAAUGUGUGGAACCGGGGCAAUACCAAUAGAGGGGGCUACUGAAUGGUCUAACUGUUAUCAUAUUGCUGGUGAUAAUAAUCCGUUGGCUGUGAAUAGAGCUGCAAAUAACAUCUCAUCUUUAUUGUCCAAGAGCCAAAUUAAAGAAGGCAGACCCUCCUGGGGCUUGCCCAUAGAUGCUGUCCAGUGGGAUAUCUGCAAUCUGCCAUUGAGAACUGGCUCUGUGGACAUUAUUGUAACAGACAUGCCAUUUGGAAAAAGGAUGGGCUCCAAGAAGAGAAACUGGAACCUUUAUCCUGCUUGCCUACGAGAGAUGAGCCGUGUUUGUAGACCAGGGACAGGCCGAGCUGUCCUACUCACUCAGGACAAGAAAUGCUUUACCAAGGCAUUAUCCGGAAUGGGACAUGUAUGGCGGAAGGUGCAUACUGUCUGGGUGAACAUAGGGGGUCUUCAUGCCGCAGUUUAUCUUCUGAAACGUACGCCUCAAGCUUUUGUUCAUCCUUCAGAGCAAGAUGGAGAAAGAACUCUUUGGUAAUGUAAAGAAUGAAGAUGAUUAAUAGCAUUUGUGCUUCCCCACACUGGAAACGUCAGCAGGAAGAACUUGCUUUGAGAGAAAAAUAGUAUUAACAGAAGUGCAGUUUGCACUGUUUAAACUGGUCUAAAGCUCUUUACUCUGGUUAGCAAAAGGUGGGAAUGAAUGGAAUGGAAUUCAGUCUUAAGAGAAAGCAGAGCUUUUCUUUGGAGCUGUUGUGAAGGAGUAGCUGGGCAAUUAGUACUUUUCUUAAAAUGCUUUAAAGAUGCAAAGCCUACUAAAACACACUGGGAUUUGGGUUUAGAACAUUUUAUUUUCAGGCUUUUAUAGCAGUUCCUAUUUUCCAUUGUAGGUGGUAGAAAGUUACCCUGGCCUACUGGAAAGGCAGAGAACAUAGUCAGAGCAUCUUAGGCCACAUCUCAUUGCCUAUGCAGCUUUGCUAUUUAGUUGGUCAGGCUCUCUUUAUCAACCUUAAAAAAAUGAAGCAUUAUUUUUGUGUUUGCCCCAUGACAAGAUAAAAUCUCACAAGACCUAGAGGAAAGCUUACCAUCUGCCUUAAACGUGUUACUCAGAUCAAUACACAGAACUCAGAGGACUAGGAUUUAUCAAAAUAAUUGCACAGAUACUUUACUGUUAGCAAUAUAGAAUGUUUCUAUUUAUAAAUAGCAGUAAAUGCAUUGGUUGAUGAAGUAUGGGACCAACAAGCCACAUUUAAAGAAAUUUUUCUUUCAGUACACAAGGUGGUGUUGCUUUUCAAAGUCAAACAAAAACUUGUCAAAGUACUUUUGUUUAUUGGUUUCUUAAAAGGACUAGAGAGCUGAUGUAUCUUUGAAAUAAAAAGUUUCAUGUAAGUUCUUUUGUUAUUUCCUUGUGGGUCACUAUACAUAUUUAGUUGCUUUUCCAGUUGCAGAAAAGUCCUUGAGACAGAGGAAAAUGUGACCUCAACAUAAAGUCCUUGUGAAAACGGUGCUUCCCUGGGACAAAGAGUAAUUCGGGUUUUAUGUGAAAUUCUUUAUAUUCAGCUUAUUUUGGAGCUUCUGGCUGUAUUCAGCUUAAAUUUUCAGUGUCAUGUUAGUAAUAGAAUAGUACUACUUGUAUUACCUUUUGAUGUCACAUUUAGAAUAAGAGAGUACUUCCUUCCUUUGAAAGAAUAUUCUGAGUUCACAUUAGCAGUACAACCAAAGUCCUAACCUGGUUUCUCUGAUAUACUACCCCUCACUUGAGAAUGAAUUAGAAAUAAGAUAUUUAUAAGGGUUUUACAUCCUAGACUGGAAUUUUGACCACCAUCAGAAUACAGUUGCAUUAUUAUGGGCUCAACAUAAAACCACCUUUCACUUCUGCCAAACCAUUUAAACCUCUAAAUGAGUGUUGAUCAGCAGUCCACAGCACUAGAAAGUGCAAGGACCAUGUCUCUCUUCACCAUUGUUUACCAAAUGCCUGGCACAGUACCUGCCAGUGGACUUAAUAUUUGUUAACAAAUGAAUUAAUAUUUUUGUACACUGGCUUAGUUUUUAUGUAUAUCAAAUUUGCGCUUGAUCCAUCAUCGUUUUAGUCCUAUUAAAUACCACUGUAAAAACAUGGCCAAAUUUAUGAUGCAGAUAGGUAGUGAACAUUGUCUGCAAUAGUUUGCCAUCUUCCUCCCUGGCAUUGUCUUAUAAUCUGGCAACAGGAACAGGAAACGGGCUGAGGAUACAGAAGAGCUGGGAUUGAGUUUUGUAUGCCACUACUACUUCCUACUUGUGUGACCUUGGUUUUUUUUAACCUUUGAAGAGGGUCUCUUGCACCACAAGAAUGUGAAAAGGUGGGGAAGGUAAUCUUAAUAACCUGAACACAAAAUGACGAAGUUAUGGACCAGAGCUUCUGUUACUGGGAGAGUCAAUCAAUUUUAGGGGGGAAAAAACAACAAACACUGAGAUAGAUUUUAUAAAUUUAAUGAAAGAUAGUUAUUUCUCACAUACUGACAAUAUAUUAGUGGCUAGAAAGAAAAAAAUCCAUUUGUUUAAACAUUUCUUUUAAAAUGUUCAUAAGAAUGUCAGGAAACUGCUGAAACUGUAGGUGCUGGCAUAUCAAUGUCAGAUAUGGCUCAGGUCUCCACUGCAAGGACCAAAAGAAAGUUGAAGGGGACAGCCCUGUGGCUGAGUGGUUAAGUUUGCGCACUGCAUUUCCGCAGCCUGGGGUUUCGCAGGUUUGGAUCCUGGGCGUGAACAUGGCACCACUCAUCAGGCCAUGCUGAGGCUGUGUUCCACAUGCCACAACUAGUAAGACCUACAACCAGAAAGAUCUACAUCUAUAAUAUACAAGUAUGUACUGGGGCUUUGGGGAGAAGGAAAAUAAAAUCUUAAAAAAGUUGAAGACUGGAAAAAAAAGGAAGUAUUUUAAAAGGUCUGUAAGGUAUCUAAAGUACAGUAAAGCCUACAACUGCUUAAUAUUAAUUAGUGAGAUAGGCAUAGCAUUAUUCUCAGCAUAGCAUUUCCCAAAGUCAGGUGAGAUGUUAUGUGGGAAUUUCAGUGGGAAUAUGGUGAAAGUUUGAAAAUUGUAUGAGGAAAAAAAUCAAAUUUAAUUAUUGUACCUUGGUACAUUUUUUUUUUAAGUUCAGGAGAAACACCAUAUAAGGUCUCUCCUGUACCAAAUUUUAAAAAUGUGCAUAAUAGGAAAAAAAUGUAUCAUUGUUUACAAGAGGCCUACUCUGUCACCCUUAUACUUCUACCCCAAGGUUAACAUGUUUGCUUAUCACUUGUGAAGUUGUAGCUAUUCAAAGAUAUAUUCUAUGAUAAAAGAAAUUUUCAAUGGAAAGGGGAAUGGUAUUUGUUUUUCUUGAGCCCAAAUUCUAAAUUUCUAACUGCCUUCUAUAUUUAGCCUUGUAUGUCCCACCUCAAACUCAACAUGAACAUACCUUUAUCCACUAAAACCUGCUCCUUGUUCUAGCAUGCCCAUUCUCUGUCAUCCAGACGCUAUCCUGGAAGUCAUUUUUAACUCCAUCCAGUUAUUCAACAGGCAUUUGAGUGUUUACUAUAUACAUUCUGCUAGAGCAGCUAUUUCUCAAACUUCUUGGAUGUAGGACCCCUUCAUAUUCUUAAAAAUUGAGCACCCCAAAUAGCUUUGUUUACCAAUAUUUUACCAUAUUAGAAUUUAAAACAAGAAAAUUAUAAUAGUAACGAAUGCAUUACAUGAACAUUUUCAUGGAAGUAACUAUAUAACAGAGAAGAGUGGCAUUGUUUUACAUCUUUGCAAUUCACUUCUCUUAAAUGUCUGCCUUAAUAGAAGGCAGCUGGACUUUUGGUUAUCUUCUGCAUUCAGUUGGUUGAGAUGUUACUUACUUACAAUUUUCAGAAUUUCAUGUGUUGGUCAUUUGGAAAAUAAUGGUUCUCUUAGUUACAUAAAUUUUCCAAAUGUUGACCCAGUUCAUUAUAUAACAUCUAAGAAAAUUAUAUUCACAUCACCACCUAUCUCAUAAAAAAAACCCCUCAAGUAUUGGGCAGAUGUUAAGCUCCUGAUAGUAGACAGAACUUUUCCCAAAAUCCUAAUUUUCACUUCAAAGUUUGAAUUUUAUCACUGACAACAACUGCUGUUAGUUGUUUUCCUUGAAAGGCUCACUUGGUUCAUA